ACUUGGCAGCUCUGCUAAUAUGGUGUGUGCAGACAGUUGGUACCAAAGCGGUGACGUUUAAAACUACUCUAUUUCAAGGGCGAAAUCUUCAGUGGAACUACUUAUGUGACGGCCAAUGGAGCAGCGGACUCGUUUUUUCGCUGAACAGACUACUGGAUGCUGCGAUAAGUUUCAGUGGAAAAGGUAACAUAAUAGCUGAAUGUAACAAGAUGGAUAGUGAAGUCCAGAGAGACGGGAGGAUUUUGGAUCUUAUUGACGAUGCCUGGAAAGAAGAUCGUUUACCUUAUGAACAUGUUACAAUCCCUUUAAAUGAACUUCCAGAGCCAGAGCAGGACAAUGGAGGAUCAACUGAAUCUGUCAAAGAACAGGAAAUGAAAUGGUCUGAUCUUGCUCUUCAGAGCUUACACGAAAAUACUCCAAACCCUGGGAGUUAAGCCUACCAUGGCUGAACUGUACAUUGACCAUUUAUGUUCCUCCAAAGUGCCUCACCCAGGGCUUUCUUUUAAAGCUGCUGCUGUAACAGCUAGUGUGCCCACCAAUCCCACCUUGCACUGCUCAUCGACUUUGUGUGAAUUGCACAAAAAUAACACAUUUGGCCUAAGAGCGAGGGAGAGAACUUUUUGUUUUCCAGUUUAUAUUCUAGACUGUCCCCUAUAAAAGUAUUUGCACGUGGCUGAUCUCCAAGUGGCUUGUUUUUUUUCUGCAGACUUACAUGCUCAAAGAAAUAAAAAAUUUACUAGUCAACAGA